AUGCCCCUUUUGGGACUCGAGAUAAUGUCCCCGGAAAAGGUAGUGCAUAUACCAUAUUAUAGCCGUUCUGCUGGACUUAUCUUAAAUAAUCUGCAGGAUUAUCCAUUUCGCUCAUCAAAUUGGAUCAUAAAUGGUGAACGCCCUUACAAUGCUAGCUUGGAUUAUCGUAUUCCAUCUGUUAACAGAAAGAUAGCAGAUCAUGUCCACAACAAUCACGACCAAUAUUCAAACCCUCAAGACCACCUCCACAGGUCAGACCAACGGAGUUUCUCAGAAGUAUUGAAAAGGGCCCAAGAUAAGGUGUAUGGAGAUUGGAAAGACGAUUUCACCUGA